AUGAGAUUGUUCGUGACCACAUUAUUUUGUCUUUCACGGUCUACGGGCCCUUUAAACCUGAAGCCCCUCCCCUUUCCCUGGGCCACGUCAUCAGUGUUGCAAACAAACAUGGCGUCGCCCUGCACCGGCUCGUCCUGUCUGACUCUCUUUGCGCUGGUCGCGGGUCUUUUCGCGGUGUUCUGCGUGACAAGGCCGGUGUCCCCUCGGCUCGUGGGUCUCCCGGUGGUGUCCGGGCUGUUACUGCUGUGGCUGCGGAGCUUGCGGCAGCGGGACGCCGGCACCGAGCGGCGGGUGUGCGCGCUGGUGCUGGGGGACAUCGGUCGCAGCCCCCGGAUGCAGUACCACUGCUUGUCCCUGAGCAAACACGGAUAUGAGGUGACGUUUGUCGGGUUUUUAGACUCCAAACCUCACCCGGACGUCCUGAGAGAGGAUAAAAUCAGGAUAGUCCCCAUAGCAGAGGUGAAAGGUCUUCGAGUAGGACCAAAGCUCAUCACGUAUGUGACGAAGGUGAUUGUUCAGUGUCUGCAGCUUUUCUCUGUGCUGCUGAGGAUGGAACUGCAUUCUCACAUUCUCCUGCAGAAUCCCCCUGGUCUGCCCACUAUCGCAGUGGCCUGGUUAGUGUGUGUCCUGCGCGGCAGCAGAUUGAUCAUCGACUGGCACAACUACGGCUACACCAUCAUGGCCCUGAGUCACGGACAGAGACACCCGGUGGUCAGAUUGGCGAAGUGGUACGAGCACUUCUUCGGCCCUCUGGCCACUCACAACCUGUGUGUAACCAACGCCAUGAAGGACGACCUGCAGAAAAACUGGGGCAUCAAAGCGACAACUCUUUACGACAGACCAGCCUCCAUCUUCAGAGAGACUCCACUGAAGCUGCAGCACGAGCUCUUCGUGAGACUGGCCAACACUUAUCCCCAGUUUCAGCACAGAAGUUCUGAGGAUGUGGAGGUGGAGGCGGAGAGCUCGAUCUUCUCAGUCCGUGAUCUCACUGAUGACUCUAUGACCUUGAGGAAGGAGCGGCCGGCUCUGCUGGUCAGCAGCACCAGCUGGACAGAGGAUGAAGACUUCUCUGUCCUGCUGAAGGCUCUUGAAGAGUAUGAAGGGUUCAUUAAAGAUGGAGCUUCGUUACCAUCUUUAGUCUGUGCGAUCACAGGUAAAGGUCCUCAGAAAGAACACUACAGGAAGCUGAUAGACUCUCUCAAUCUAGAGCAUGUGAAGAUCUGCACUCCCUGGCUGGAGGCAGAAGAUUAUCCUGUUUUAUUAGGUUCAGCAGACCUGGGUGUUUGUCUCCACAUGUCGUCCAGCGGUCUGGAUCUGCCCAUGAAGGUGGUGGACAUGUUCGGCUGCUGUCUGCCCGUCUGCGCCAUCAAAUUCGACUGUUUACAUGAGCUGGUCAAAGACAAGGAGAAUGGACUCAUCUUCACUGACUCCCAGGAGCUCGCUGAACAGCUCAAGUCUCUCCUGUCAGAGUUUCCCAGUUCAGCAGGCGGACUGGAUUCGUUCAGGAGGAACCUCCGCACCAGCAGAGGUCAGUGCUGGGACGACAACUGGGACCAGAACGUCCUGCCUCUAAUCACUGCAGAGAGAUAAACAUCAGGUUUGCUUUUUUUUGAAGGACAUUAUAUAUUACAGAUAAAAAAAUUGUACGUUGACUUCAGUGACAUACACAACAUCAAAAUGGGGAUGAAGAGCGGCAAGGAAGUGAGAGAAAAAUGUCCUGAGUCUGAAGAAGGAGGAUCCACUCAGACCAUGUGAUGAUGAUAGUAAAUUCUCACCUGUAAAAUAAAACAGGCGUUUUCACACCUAAAAAUCUGAACCAAGCUUUGUAACAUUGUUUACAUUUGAUCUGGUUAGUUAUGGUGGCACAUUGAAAUUUGGUGAGCAGACUAAAUAAUCAGUCAUCACUUGUGCGCUGCGUCCACCUAUACUGGACAGUGAUUGGUUUGUAGGUGAGUGUGUGUCUGACAUAGACGUGUUGUCAGUUGAGCAUGUGGUAAUCUUCCUGUUUCAAUGGAGAAAAUGAAUGAACUGGUUAAUUUGGUUACGACUGUAAUCAUCAUGGUUUUACUACCAGAAUCAUGAACCUCAGGCGUAGUACUCCACACUAGUGCCAAUUCACCAAAUGAACAUCCUCAUCGUUCAAAGUUAAUAUCGGAGGUGAAGACGACAAGCGUUCCUGUGAGAUGCUUCCUCUUCUUUUUCUUCUUUUGUUGUUUAAUGUUGCAACGUCCUGCAAUUGGUCAUACAGUCUGAACAGUGCACAAAAAAUGUUUUCCACUGAAAACCAACUAAUCUUGUUUCAGUUUGAUCAGGACCAAAACCACCUCUCUGGGUCAGACAAAAUUUGAUCGAUAGUCUGAACCAAGGAAUCUUUUGCACCUUCUAUUUUGCUUCAGACUAAACUGAAAAUUCUGAAAGUCAAGACCAAAUCAAUGUAGUGUGAAAAUUGUUUUUUUUUCCUACUUCAGAGAACUUGAAUGUAUAAAAGAAACUUUGAUGAUGAACUUUUGUAAAUAAAAUCUGUA